AAACCAUCUAGUACGCUGCUCUAUUACGUCAAAUAUAUAUAGCCGCUCUUUCUUCUCCUGUUUGCCAUGAUCCCUCUCAGACCCACUAUCGCAAGGAGUCUUGUACCACGCUUCAGAUUCUCACACACCAUGCCCACCUACGCCACAGUCAACGUCCCCUCUCUCGGCGAGAUCAAGGUUCCCGUCGGACUGCACAUUAACGGCGAAUGGGUCGAGUCUGUCAAGAAGGAGACCUUUGCCACGGUUAACCCCGCGACUGGCCAGAAACUCUUGGACUUUCAGCAUGCCCAGGGCGAAGACAUUGAUAUCGCCGUAAAGGCAGCUAGGAAGGCUUUCAAGACCACCUGGGGUACCACCCUUCCCGCUGCUGAGCGCGGUGCCUUGCUCAACAAACUUGCUGAUCUUGUCGAGAGAGACGCCGACAAGCUUGCCGCUUUGGAGAGUCUCAACUCUGGAAAAGGUGUACGAAUCGCUCGAGAGGCCGACAUUGCCGACUCUAUCGCUUGCAUCCGCUACUUUGCCGGUCUUGCAGACAAGAUCCACGGUCAGUCCAUCGACACUUUCGGUGGCGAAAAGUUUGCAUACACCCUGCAUCAACCUAUCGGUGUCUGCGGUCAGAUCAUUCCCUGGAACUAUCCCACCAUGAUGUGGGCUUGGAAAGUCGCCCCCGCGCUCGCCGCGGGCUGCACCGUCGUCAUGAAACCUUCCGAGCUCACCCCCCUCACCGCCCUCGUGCUCGCCGACCUCAUCAAAGAAGCCGGUAUCCCCGCCGGUGUCGUCAACACAGUCCCCGGCUUGGGUGCCACUGCCGGCGAUGCCAUCUCGCGUCACAUGGGUAUUGACAAGGUCGCCUUCACAGGGUCGGUCGUCACUGGCAGGCGUAUCUCCAUUGCUGCUGCAGAGUCCAACUUGAAGAAGGUCACGUUGGAAUUGGGCGGCAAGUCACCAGUGUUGGUGUUUGAUUCGGCGGACAUUGAGGAGGCGGCGGAUUGGGUUGCUAUGGGGAUCUGGUUCAACUCUGGACAGGACUGCUGCGCUGGUAGUCGUCUCUAUGUCCAGGAGGGCAUUUACGACAAGUUCCUUGCGGCUUUGAAGAAGCGAGCCGAGAGUGCCGCAAUCGGCCAGCCGCAUGAUGAAAAGACCUCCUUCGGUCCCCUUAUCUCGGAAGGUCAGCGAGACAAGGUUCUGGGCUACAUCGAGUCUGGCAAGAAGGAAGGUGCCGAGGUCCUCACUGGCGGUAAGAAAUGGCCUCAGUCCAACGGCGGGUUCUGGAUCGAGCCCACCAUUCUUUCCAACACGAACCGAAACAUGAAGGUCGUCAAAGAAGAGAUCUUUGGUCCCGUCAUCGUCGCCUCCCCAUUCAAGACCGAAGAAGAAGUCCUCGAAGUCGCCAACGACACCGAAUACGGCCUCGCUUCUGCCGUCUUCACCAACGACGGCCGACAGGCUACCCGUGUCAGCUCUGCACUUGAGGCAGGUACAGUCUGGGUGAACCAGUAUGGUUUGCUCCAUACUGGUGUGCCGUUUGGUGGAUUCAAGACCUCCGGUAUCGGGAGGGAAUUGGGUACUUAUGGGUUGGAGGCUUAUACGCAAGUCAAGGCUGUGCACAACAAUUUGUCGCAGACUAUGCCUUGGCCCCUGUAAGAUAUGGGCAGGGGAGUAGUGGACAGAACAGGAACAAGUCAGAAGUCAGAAGUCAUGGUCAGAAGUCACAGUCAUGGAUAUGUAUUGCAUUCCCGAUAG